UGAAGGGAAUGAAACUGCUGGCUGCCUGCUUCAUGUACCUGCUGCUCACCUGUCUGGCUCUGCCCAAAGCCGAAUGCCGACUCCACGAGCGAUCCAUGGAAAUCAGGAACCCUGAUAUCGACCCUUCCUGGUACACGGGGCGUGGGAUCAGACCCGUGGGACGGUUUGGCCGGAGGAGAGCUGUCGUGGGGAGCUCCCAGAAGUCGGGCUAUGGACACAGGCAAGCUUGCCUCCCUCUAGAAGAAAGCAGUGAAUCCAUUCAAGAUGAAUGAAAUGGCUAAGACAAAGAAAGAAUUUGAAUGAUGAUAAGAAAAGACCCUUCUCCUCUCUUCCUUCCACAUCCCAGCCUCUCUUCUAGGCAAAUGAAAAUGUUUGGUCUCAUUUCAAUGUAUCUUUGUGGCUAUAAAUGAUAGAAACCAAAGAGCAGUUGAUAACUCCAGUAUUUUUGCAGACAAUUUCCCUCUUGCCUGUUUUUUCUUUUUCUCUCCCCUGUUCCCCAUUUGUCCCCCAUCUCUGGCUUUUGCUCGCAAUCUAAGAUGAUUUG